CAACUACUUGAAAGGAGGAAAGAUUGUGUUCAAAGGAACUACUCUUGCUGGACAUGUUGGAAUCAUUACAGGAAUGAAGCCAGGACAAUUCUCUUUGUCAAUGAAUGCCAAAGUUGAGCCUGAUUACAUCAAUGUCUAUCGUUGGACACAAGGAUUACUUCCCGACAUUCGUUAUGUUAUGUUCUUUGAACGUGAACUCUUUGAAGAAUGUGAUACAUUUGAGUGUGCUCGUCAAUUGAUUUCAACAGCUCCAUUACUCUCUGGAGCUUAUUUCAUUUUAGGAGGAAACAAGCCGAAACAAGGAUCCGUAAUUGUUAGAAAUGUCACGAGUGUUCAAUUUGAGCGAAAACUUUAUGAUGCCGACAAUGAUUGGUUCUUACUUCAAACUAAUUAUGACCCUGACAAAGAACCCUUGUAUUUGGAUGAUCGUCGUGAUCCUGGUAACGCUUGUAUGAAGAAGAUGGGAAUUAACGGAACUUCAGCAGAGGGAUUAUAUAAGGUCUUAUCGUCCAAACCAAACAAGAACAAGACAACCAUUCAUACGGUCAUCAUGUCUGUUUCAAAAGAUA